UUCAAAAAUCACAGCCAUUUUUCUGUUCUUUGCAACAGCCGCACCACAUCACAUGUUUCCCGUGUUUUUGGCUUUUCAUUUCAUAGCCCAACAGCCACAGCUCUCCCUCCAUAACAUACAGUUUUCUUAACAGCCGAGAAGGUUACGAGUCUCAGCAACAGCAGAAAUGGAAAAAACCAAGUAUCCAAAGGUGAAGGUGAGGGAGCAAGACGACCAAGAGGAUCUCAAGGGAAUUUCUUUGCUUCCAAUGAAUGAUGAUUCUUGUUUUCCUGUGAAGGAGCAUGAAGACAUUUCUCCACCAUAUGUUGCAAAAAUUCCAGCGUCUUAUGUACCAAAUGUACUCAUGUCAAAAACUUCUGUAUCUGAAGGUUUGAUCAUGCCAACAAUUUCUGUAUCUGAAGAAGCAGAGAAGAAUGACAAAAUUUUUGAAGAGGAUGAUAAAAUAAAUAAUCGAGUCAGCUCAAUCCUGCGUCCACGUGCCGUCUUAUCUAGUCCUGGUUACAGCUAA